GGAGACGGGAUCUCCCACUAUCCCAAAGCUGCUAUGAAAAAGACUUUGUGCAUUUCGUGGACCGUGCGCAGGAUCAGAUACAGAGGAGACAUUUCCUGAAGAGGAUGGAGGGUUUACCAGGACGCCACUUACUGACACAUCACGAAGACCCCGCCUCCAGGCACCUGGUGUCCCACUACGACGACCAUUACAGAAGACGUUCGUCCUUACCGCCGCUGCGGAGCUGGGAUGGGAACCGCCUGCUCUGGGCUCCAGAGAAAUCCGAUUUUCCGUCCACUGAUCCACCGACCAAUUUCGGUCUCCUGCAAGAAAAGCAAAAACUCUGGAGAGCCCAAAACUCUGAAGAGCUAAGGAGCCUCUACACUGCGUCAUACAGGAAGCCCCCAGCCUCCACCUUCAUGACCCCCCACUAUGGUGUGGCCCCCCGGGUCCUGUCCAGUACUAUACAUCGGCCCAAUAAUACCAAAAAUGCUUUAGAGUUCAAAUGCCAAGCGUAUCUUCAGGUCCCGGAGAACCCGACGAGAAGAACCUCACCAUGGAGUCACCAUCCUAAAUGUGGUUACGAUCCACCAACCUCAGAAGAACCUACAACAACCUGACAGUAGAGUCACCAUCCUAAAUGUGGUGACUGUCCACCAACCUCAGAAGAACCUACCACAACCUGACAAUAGUCACCAUCCUAAAUGUGGUCACUGUCCACCGACCUCAGAAAAACCUACAACAACCUGACAGUAGAGUCACCAUCCUAAAUGUGGUUACUAUUCACCCACCUCAGAAGAUCCUACAACAACCUGACAAUAGAGUCACCAUCCUAAAUGUGGUUACGAUCCACUGACCUCAGAAGAACCUACCACAACCUGACAAUAGUCACUAUCCUAAAUGUGGUUACGAUCCACCAACCUCAGAAGAACCUACAACAACCUGACAGUAGAGUCACCAUCCUAAAUGUGGUCACUGUCCACCGAUCUCAGAAGAACCUACAACAACCUGACAAUAGAGUCACCAUCCUAAAUGUGGUCACUGUCCACCGAUCUCAGAAGAACCUACCAGAACCUAACAAUAGAGUCACCAUCCUAAAUGUGGUCACUGUCCACCAACCUCAGAAGAACCUACAACAACCUGACAAUAGUCACCAUCCUAAAUGUGGUUACGAUCCACCAACCUCAGAAGAACCUACAACAACCUGACA